UGGCCAUAAUUAUAGGCACGGCGCCAGUUGACGCUAUCAUCAACUGUUGUUUUAUAUUGGACACUGAUAAGCAUCUAUCUGAUACUUUUAAAUACACACGCAGCAACGCUUUGCAAUUCAGUAAGAGGUUCCCUUUACUGGAGGGCAUAUCGGCACUACAACAAGAAUGCAUUUCGGCGUUUUGGGCAGCGGAAUUAUUGGCUUGACCAGCGCCUUGGAGCUGCAGCAGCAGUUUCCCACGGCGCGGGUUUCGAUCAUAGCGGAUCGCUUCAAUGAGGAUACCGUUAGCUAUGUGGCCGCGGGCAUCUUUCGUCCCGGCACCAGCUUCAUGGGUCCCACCCAGGAAAUUACGCAGCAGUGGAUGAGGGAUGCAUUUAAUUACUGGGACGAGCUGCGGCGUUCAACAGAAUCGGCCCUGGCUGGCGUCUGCCAACUGUCCGGCUAUAUAUUCUCACGCACCACGCCCUCCGUUGUACGGAAUCACUUCAUCGAGCAGCUGCUGCCCGUCUACCGACGCGCCACGGAGGAUGAGCUGAGACUGUGCCAGGGCGGCUGGAAGUACGGCUCCUUCUUCACGACCUGCCUGACUGAGAGUCGCUUGUUUCUGCCCUAUGCCACCAAGAAAUUCCUGGCGAACGGCGGUCAGGUGUUGCGCCAGCAUGUGAGCAACUUCUUCGAUUUGCCGCAGGACUUGGACGUGCUGCUCAAUUGCACGGGAAUGGGCGCCAAGGAGCUGUGCAAUGACCAGCACUUGGUGCCCAUUCGCGGCCAGGUGCUCAAGGUGCGCGCACCUUGGAUUAAAACAGCUUUCUACGGCGAUCUGGACACAUACGUGCUGCCCGGCUUCGAGACCGUGACCCUGGGCGGUUGCAGACAGUACGACAGCUACAACACCGAGUGGUGCAAGUACGACAGCAUGGCCAUUAAGGAGCGCUGCUACGAUCUGCUGCCCAGCCUGAAGAAGGCGGAAAUUGUGCGCGAGUGCGUCGGACUGCGGCCGCAUCGGUCUAUUGUGCGCGUGGAGCCGGAGCUGCUCACCAAUGAUCAGGGCCGACGCCUCAAGAUUGUGCACAACUAUGGACACGGCGGUUAUGGUGUGACCACAGCCCCGGGCACCGCCAAAUAUGCGGUGCAGGUGGUGCGUGAUAUGCUGGCUGGCAAUAGCAAAUUGUAGCGUGAUUUCAAUUGCAUUGUAGAUUUGUUAAAUUGUUGAUUAUUAAAAUGUUUAUAUGUGCAA